AUGGGAGAAACUUUCGCAUCACCAUCUCGAACCCUUGACGAUGACGACGUCUACGAACCGACACAGCCGUUCUCCUCGUGCGGACCUCCAUCUGCACCGCGACUCAUCAGUGACAGGGACGAGCUGAAAGAUGAUGGUGGUAGUGAUGACGGCGACAUCGAGCAAGACGGCGCUGGCGAGGGCGGCAAUGAUGGGGACGACUCGGCUGUGCUUGACUCCGACACAAGUAACCGAGGGGAUUCCCAAGUGGACAUCACGUGUAGAAACAUCACAGUCACUUGGGAAGAUGCCAGUAGCGAGGCGAAACGCGUCGAGGGCCUGGCUCUUGAUCUCUAUUUGGAUGCACCGACAAAUACAGCCAUUUUCAAACUCUACGGCUAUGUGCUUCUGAAGGGUAGUAAGGACAAAAACAGCAAGCAAGCGAUUUACUUGUUCAUACAUCCCGAGAGCCUUGUUGCCAUAUCAUUGCAGACUGUUGAUGCUGCUCCAUCGUCAAAUUCUACAAUCCCUGGACGCAGCCGCCACUCCCUGUGUUUCUCAAUGACGGCGGGACCUCGCCUCGUCGUUCCCAAGAAUCUCGUUCUGGAAUCCAGAGCCAAGACCCGCGCUUUGCUCGAUUCAAUCCAGGCCCUCGCCACUGUGAAGACUUUCACUGCACACUUCAGUAACCCCGACACGGCUAUGUCAUUGAGAGACGAUCUGGAACUUAUCGCGUCGGUGUUUUCGCUCCCGCGUGGUGACAACCGCCCGUCCACGAAUUACCAGCGCGCCAAUCUCACGACGCUCUAUGCCGGCAGAGGGGGUGAAAUUGUCAAUGCGAGCAAUGAUGCGACAAACCUCGAAUCGCACCUGCCUCCGUAUUCCGAACCUGGGCCCAGCCGUAGCCGUACUUCCAGUAAACGUAAGCGCGAAAAUUCCGAUACUGACAACGAACGCCCGUCCACAACCCAAGACCACAUUCUGCUCGUUCUCAAAGCCAUUUGUACCCGCCUCGACGGUAUAGAGAACCGCAUGGGCCAGCUUGAAGAUAAAGUCUCGGAAGCCUUGGAUGCUGGUCGCAGCCCGUGCCGAUAUGGAACAGAGGAGAGGACGGAGAUAUUACAAGAAGUCGACAAUCGACUUGAUGAAUGCAUAACGGACCUGAAGGUGGAAUCUCACGACAUAAUCGAGGACCUCAAGGACGAAGUCGAAGGGACUUUACAACGACUCGAUGAUGAGACGAGUGAGCGCUUAGAGCGCUUGGGAGACGAUGUGGACGACAAUACAGCGAGGUUAGUGGAGAAGUGCGUGAAAAAGAGGCUGCAAAAUGCCAGCUUGCGAAUAGAUGGUUCUGUAUUCUUGGAUGUUUAG